ACAUGUUAGCUUUUCGUUUAGCAGACGCGUUUUGUAAAUAAAAAUGCAGUUGUACUGAGUGUUGUGUUUGCUUUACAAGAAGUUUAGUUAUACAAGUCAUAUACACCUGCCACUUUUUUAAAUGUUAAGUAACUACCUUCAACGCAAGGGAGCCUACUAUCGGUCCAGCACUAUGCGCGGUGAUUCAGUGGACUGCAUAGUGAAAUCCCCAGUGGCUCUACAGCUGGGCGAUGUGGUGUCCGAUUCAGUCCGUCCCGGUGUUUAUAUCACAGACAUCGUACUUUCAACGCCAGUCAGUAUUCAGGAAAUCUCCUUCAAGAAUUACUACACAGCCUAUUUGACGGUGCGAGUGUUGAAGAAUGAGGAAGGGAGCGACGAGAGUCCCGCUCAGUGGUUCACCUGUGUGAGAAACUAUUGCCUAAUGUCCAGUCCACACACUGAAGGAGGAUCACAGGACUACUUUUCCAUCUACAGACAACAGAUGCUGACAGAGCCAGAUAACGUUAUUAACGUGCGGCUCAUACUGAGACAGCCUUCUUCAGUCUGGCUGAAUUUCAACAUAGAAGACAUCAAAAUAUACUCAUUGGCAGUUGAAGAAGCAGAGGGAGACGUUCCUUCCUGGUUAUCUACCAUCACACCCGCUGAAGAGCCUCUUGAUUUGAAUGGGCUUCCUGAUCCAGACAGUGUGUCAUCCAGUAUUCAGCACAUGUGGGCUCUCACUGAGAUCAUGCAGUCAAGCCAGACCUCCGCUUCCAUCGGCCGCUUUGAUGUGGAUGGCUGCUAUGAUGUCAACCUGCUUUCAUACACUUAACAGGAAGUGACCAACAGUUCAACCGGAAUUAUGUAUACCCAGGCUUUGCUUAUAUCAAACUAGGCAAUGGUAUUGAAGCAUAGCUGUCUCUCAAUUGGCACUGUACACUAUGUACUUCAUAGUGUUGUGCCUAAUUAUUAACAUCUCAAAUCGAACACUUCUACCAUUUAGCACUAAACACAAAUGAUAACAAUACCAUGCUGAUUUUCAUGUCAAUGAAGCAAGUCUGAAGUCUCAGGCUCAUGUUCCUGGCUCACAGGAGUAGAACCCAUUAUAAUCUGCUUUUGCAGACACCCUCCUCAAGGUGUGUUGAACAAGGUGUUUUCCACCUGCAAAACUGCUCACUGGAUUUUUUUUUUUGUUUGUUUGUUUUACACCCCAUUCUAUGUAAUUAGUAAAGUCUUAAAACAAACACCACCAUCGAGCACUAAACAUAAACGGUAAGUUAC